AUGCCUUCGCGCUCUCGCCCUCCUCCCGAGGUCGAGGAUGACUCGGGGCUUCACAGCCUCUCCUUCAACCAACCCCUCUCAUGGCGCGUGGGGCGCGCUGCCAUUCCCAUCGCGGAUCUCCUCGAGCGUCUCCAGACGCUAGCGCAGGAGCUUCGCAAACUUGACCAGGAAGAAAUUGAUAAGGAAUCUCUCCGGAAGGUUUCGCAAGAACUUGCCAGCGGAAAUCUGCUCGCUCAUAAGGACAAGGGUGUGCGGGCGUGGGCUACGUGCUGCAUCGUUGAUGUUUUGCGAUUAUGCGCCCCAGACGCGCCAUUCACGCGCAACCAGCUUAAGGAUAUCUUCACUUGUAUCGUGUCCUCGAUUAUCCCCGCGCUGGCUGAUCCAUCCAACGCCUACAAUGCGCAGCACAUCUACGUUCUGGGAUCGCUUGCCGAGGUGAAGAGUAUAGUUUUGAUGGUCGAUCUCGACCAUCCGGACUCACUUAUUGUACCACUGUUCACAGGAUGUUUCGACAUUGUUUCAGGGUCCUCGAAGGCCUCCACCGGUGAAGAGGUCGCCAAGAACGUCGAAUUUGAUAUGACCAGAGUACUUGUCACGGUUAUCGACGAAUCACUUGUUCUGGCACCAGAGGUGGUUGAUAUUAUUGUCGCACAAUUCUUGCGGGUCGACCCACGAGUCACGAACAAGAAAGGAAAGCGCCCAGAUACACAGGUCGAUUCUAAGCAGGAUACUUUAUUGUUGAAAGAUUAUCCUGCCGCCUACAAUAUGGCGAAGGCUAUUUGCCAGGCUUGCCCCGAACGAAUGACCAGUCACAUCAGCCAGUACUUUAACAACGUCAUCAUCGAUGCGUCUGUGCCAGCUGGCCAGACAAACGGCCAUAAGCAUGGUGCUCGGAAACCCAACCUUGACGAGUCUGAUGAGGAGGGAGAGGACAUCAAAGAGUUGAGCAAGGCUCACCGCCUGAUUCGGGAGCUCUGGCGCGCUUGUCCUGAAGUUCUGCAGAAUGUGAUUCCCCAGAUCGAAGCAGAACUAUCUGCGGAAUCAGUAUCCCUUCGAUUGUUGGCUACGCAAACAAUCGGAGACCUCGCGGCAGGAAUUGGAGUUGCAGGACCCCCUCCCUCACCUCCCAUGGAUCCUGCUGCAUACCCACCUGUGGCUCUGGUGGACUAUGAUAAGAUGAUCCCUCAGCCCAACAUUCUGUUAACUCCAGUCUCCCCGAAGCCUUUCUCUCAGGUUCAUAAUUCGGCGUACGAGGCAUUUCUCAGCCGUCGCCUUGACAAGACCCCGUCAGUCCGUGCUGCCUGGGCCACGGUUGUGGGACGGAUUCUUCUAACAUCUGCUGGUGGCUCUGGUCUUCACGAGAAUGAAGAAAAAAACCUUGUCCGACACCUUGCCUCGAUGCUCCGCGAUGUCGAUGAAAAGGUUCGUGUGGCUGCAGUGGAUACUGUUGGUCAAUUUGGCCUAUCUCAAAUCGUUCACAAACUGGGAGUUGAUGGCGGCUGUUCAACGCCGGAUUCACUUCUUGCAAUUCUUGCUGAACGAGUCAAGGACCGCAAGCCCCAUGUGCGUGAACAUGCCAUGAAGAUUUUGGCUAGGAUGUGGGCAGUGGCUGCUGGUGAUAUCGAGCAGAAUACCGAACCUGUCGUUUCCCUCCUCAGGGACGCACCAUCCAAAAUUUUCGAUGCAUUCUACACAAAUGACCAAGAGAUUCAUGUUCUGAUUGACCGCGUGCUCUUUGAGACACUUCUGCCCCUUUCAUACCCACCCAUCAAGGCGAAGCUGUCUCGUGGUAAUUCAAACCAAUCACAAAAACAAAAGGAGAGCCAAGCUUCCGAACCCGAGCAAGAGACGGAUGUCGAUAAGAUUCGUGUUCGUCGAAUCCUCACCCUGCUCCGUGGUCUGGAUGAGAAGGCUAGGCGAGUGUUCUUUGUCAUGUUGGCACGUCAGUUGUCGAUGAGGUCGGCCGUGACACUCUACCUAGAGGCCUGUGAGAAGUACAAUGGCGGUGUCUUUGACAAAGACGAAGAACAGAUUAAGGCCCAGCUGUCCAAGAUUGUGGAUUCAUUAUCCAAGACCUUCCCUGACGCUGCACGUGCAUCAGCAGAUCUCUGGAAGUUCGCCAAGGUGCAUGAUCGUCGCAGCUACCAGUUGAUUCGCUUCACUAUGGCGGCUGUGAGUGACUACCGCACUGUUGUGAAGGCAACAAAAGAGCUGCAGCGCCGCGUACAGACUGCUAAUAACUCACCCCUGCUUGAAACAUUGAAUCCUCUUGUAUACCGAUGUGGGUCCUUGAUUUUCAACCGCAGUCAUAUCCCGGCGAUCAUGAGCCUUUCCCGGACCGAUGAGAACGGAUUGGCCAAUGCCGCCCAGGAGAUGCUGAAGCAAAUCUCCUCUCAAAAUCCUGAGGUCUUAGAGGCCCAGGUACAAGAAAUGUGCAAAGACCUCGAAGCUCAAGCUCCCAAGGCUUCUUCGGCCGGUGAUGCCAAUGCCGAGGACAUUCUGAAGGCUUGUUCUGGCUUCGCUAAGAAGCUUCCUGCCAAGCUUCCCAAGGAACGCAAGUUCUUCCAAGCUCUUACCAACUACGCCCUCUACAGCUCAUCCCCGCAUGCGGCAAAGCACGCUGUCUCUAUUUUGAUGGCUACUGCUGACAAAAAAGAGAUGUACGCCAAAGACCUUGUACAAAAGUGUGUUAAGAAGUGGACAUAUGGGUCUGAUCGGUUCCUUACUCGUCUGGCUGCUUUGUCGCAGCUCAACCUUCUCGCGCCGAGAGAGGCAGACGAGGAAAGUGAUGCCAUCAUUGCCAUUGCUAUUAACCAAAUUCUGCUCACCAACCGCAACCCUGAACCAGAGUCUGAAUACACUUGGUCAGAGACUGUGGAUGAUGAAACGAACGCCAAAGAGUGGGCUCUGAAAAUCAUUGUCAACCGCCUUCGGGCUAAGGACGGGGCUGAUAAUGAAGCGGACUUUCGUGCUCAUGCCAAGCCUGUUUAUGAGACUCUGAACAAACUUAUCGCAGGUGAGGGCGAGAUCUCCAAGAAGAAAGAUACUCCUGCCGGUCAGAAAUCCCGCCUGCGUCUCCUCGCUGCCAAGUCCGUCCUCAAGCUGUGUGCUUGCAGCACCGUCUGUGACGGUCUAUUGACACCUAUCGAUUUCAAUGCAAUUGCUUUGGUUGCCCAAGAUCCGCUGUUGCAGGUGCGAAGUGGGUUCAUCAACCAUCUGAAGAAGAAACUUGUGCAAAAAUCACAUCUAAGUCAUAGGUGGUACAUUGUGCCCUGUUUACUUGCCUUUGAGCCCGUUCAUAGUCUAAAGGAGAGCACACUCACAUGGCUGCGCUCUCGUGCAGCAUACUUUGCUCAGCAAGCACAGGCUAGUGGGAAGCGGACAGAGCAGACCAUGGUCAUGGAACUGAUUUUCUCGCGCCUCCUGUCUCUUCUUGCCUACCACCCUGAUUACCCGUCCGAGGAUUUGGACGAGUCAACGAAAUUGGGCGACCUAACCGACUUCUCUCAAUACAUCCUUUACUACCUCUCUGCAGUGGCCAAUGAGCAGAACAUGUCUCUGAUCUACCACGUUGGACAACGUGUCAAGCAAUUCCGCGAUGGCAUCACCAAAUCCGACGAGAUCUCUACGCGCCUCCACACUCUCUCCGAUCUGGCCCAAGCAACCAUCCGCCGUUUCGCAGACGUCUACUCCCAGCAACACAAGUUCGGCGGUGCCACCGGCGCAACCAACAUCCUGCAAACAUACCCUGGAAAGAUGGGUGUUCCCAGCUCUCUCUUCGCGUCCAUGAGCGGCCAUCGUGAGGCUCAGGACGUCGCCGACAAGAACUUCCUUCCUGAUGAGUUGGACGAUCUACUGGAUCGUGUCGUCCGGAAUGCCAUGAAGCCCAGGAAUGCCUCUCAGGUGGCACAUGGCGGAUCGAGCAAGAAGCGGAAGCCUUCUCUCGACACCAAUGGCAAACCCCCUGCUGCCAAAAAGUCACGCAAGGAUAAGCUCGCUCGUCCCCGUAAAUCCUCAUCAUCAGUUGGCACAUUCAAACCCAAGCGCAAGUCCAAGAAUGAAGAUGGCUGGUCUUCUGACGGAGGCGCCAAAGAUUUCAUGCCUGCUUCUACUCGCAGACGCAGCGUCAGAGGGACUGCCAAGACGGAUGUCAGCUAUAUUGACAAUGACAGCGAUGAAGAUGACGAGGAGAUGGCAACAUGGGAUGAGCCCGCAGAAGCCAAUCACGAACAAGACGAGGAAGAGGAAGAAGAGGAGGAACAGGAACAAGAAGCAAGCGAUGACGAGGAAAUGAAAGAGGCAGGCAACAACGACGAGGAGGAAAAGACAGACGAUGAAGAACCAGAGGAAGCCAGCGAGAAGGAACCAACUCCACCUCCUAUUCCCGCAAAGAAGCGCGGCGCAAAGGCCUCUACAGCCAAGAGUCCCGUCGCAAAGAAGCCCGCCACGACUACUUCUUCCACCUUGCCGACACGUCGCUCUUCUCGCCGCGGAUAA